GAAGUCAGAAAUCCUGGCCAAAAAUAUUUAAAAGUACUAAAAGUUGGCAUUAAAAAUAUAUAAAUUUUUAUCUUUGGAUGCUAACUUCCCAACGGUUAUAUGCGAUUGUUCUAAUUUUGUAACUGAAGGUAAAUGGACUAUCUUAUCGGCAGAUUGGAUGGUACGUAAUCCUCGGAGAGGAAUAUGGCGCCAUCAUGUUAUCUGGGUCGAUACACCGUGGUACAAAAGAUAAAUUAGAGACAAAAUGACGGGAAGCAUUCUGAUAAUGGCUUCCUAGUGACAUUUAUCAAUUCCUCGUUAUUGGCAUCAUCGUUGUGAAAAUCAUGUUGGCACUGCUGUUCCUCUUUAGUUUACAGUAUUCGUGUUCCAGUCAUUCCAAGUGCAUUCACUGUUAAACGGUGUAUCUCAAAGACGAAUAUCUGUCGGCAGUUACUGCAAGGAGGUCGGGCCUCAGUAAACAAAAAAAAAAUCAAAAAUCAAAAAUAACUACAAUUUGAAUCCCAUAAUUCUGUUUGAAUUUCCGGCGACCCAAUGGCAUAAAUAUCGAACGGGACGCUACAGUAAAAGAUUGCACGGCUAUCGAACGAUAAUUGCGAUUGAUGCACUGUGAACAAAAGAUGCAAGUGUUAUUGGGUCGAUUAUGACGUUUAUCGCGACGUCCAUUUUAUCACGCAUGAAUACGAUAUACAUAAUUACGAUCUCGUGAAAAGUGAUUGAACUUGUUGCCACAAUGACGAGUUUCAUUAGAAAAGGUUCAACCCGUCAUUCGGAUUUUUUAGAAUAUAAAUCAAAUUGCAUCAAGGUAAAAGACAGGAAGAACAAAGUUUAGUAAUUUUACUCGUACGAUCAAGCGAAACGAUGGAUGAUGAUGUCGACGAUAAAGAUGAUACAAAACGAAAAUCGCGGAAUCUCAGUGAGAAGAAACGCAGGGACCAGUUUAACAUGUUGGUGAACGAGCUGGGCAAUAUGGUGAAUUCAAAUGCCAGAAAAAUGGACAAGUCGACGGUACUGAAGUCAACAAUACUUUUUUUGAAAAAUCACGCUGAAAUUGCCGUGAGAUCCAGAGUUCAUGAGAUACAAGAAAAUUGGAAACCCUCAUUCCUCUCUAAUGAAGAAUUCACCCACCUGAUCCUCGAGGCAUUGGACGGAUUCAUUAUGGUAUUUUCAUCGGAUGGCCGUAUUUAUUAUGCAUCUGAAAGUGUCACAUCCCUACUUGGAUAUUUACCCAAUGAACUAUCAAAAUCCACUAUUUAUGAAAUAACCUACCAGGAUGAUCAGGCACAGCUCUACAGCAUCCUAAUAAACCACGAGAAUCCCGUGGACCAGAGUAAUAGACAAGAUAAUCAAAUCACCUUUACUUGCCAUAUAAAACGGGGAGGUUUAGAUUCUCAAGAAGAACCAGUUUACGAACUCGUUCAGUUUAUUGGAUAUUUUCGAUCGGAUACCGACACGAAUGUAGAUAAUUUGAUGCCCGGUAGCCAGUAUAGUGGUACUCAGGGAAAUGAUUCAAAAUUAGUUUUUGUAGGCACAGGUCGUCUUCAGACGCCACAACUCAUUCGCGAGUUAUCAAUGGUGGACAAUAGUAAAUCCGAAUUCACAUCGAGGCACAGCCUGGAGUGGAAAUUCUUGUUCCUGGAUCACAGAGCUCCGCCAAUCAUAGGGUACUUGCCAUUUGAAGUACUUGGGACUUCCGGUUAUGACUAUUAUCAUAUCGAUGACUUGGAUAAAGUCGUAAUUUGUCAUGAAUCUUUGAUUCAGAAGGGCGAAGGGACCUCAUGUUAUUAUAGAUUUCUUACCAAGGGCCAGCAAUGGAUUUGGCUUCAAACCAGAUUCUAUAUAACAUAUAACCAAUGGAACUCAAAACCAGAGUUUAUUGUAUGCAGUCAUCGAGUCGUCAAUUACAUAGACGUUAUAAAAUCAUUGCAUAAAAAUUUAGAAGUAAUUGACAACUGUCCAGAACGUGAUGCCAUCGAUUUGCCAUCAAAAAAUCAACAACAGGUGACUACGUCAUACCUCAGCAACGUGACAACCCCAUCCUGGUCAUCAAGUUCAUCCAAGGCAUCGAGAUGCGUCGCCGUAAGUCCCGGACCACGACAACAAGGCAGGGAAUCAGUGACUACGACAAUAUCUGCAGAAUCGCAAUGCUCAAGACAGUCCCACCAAACUCACAGUUUCCACCUCCGGACGAAUUCAACUCAGAACGUUGCUCUAAAGUCAGUGCGAAAAACUGAAGAUCAUCGUAAAACGGAAAUAAAUGAAUCAUAUUCAAAUUUGUUGGAUAAGCCUCAGUAUAUGACAACCAUACCUGUUCAGCCUAUAGUGUCUGCUGGGUUUGCAACAAUAGCACCACCUAUAAUCUCACCAUUACAAAUGCCAGAGCUUAUACAUCAGCCAAGUAUAGUAAUGACUCCGGCACAAAAUCAAAUUCAAGAUGAAUUGCAGCGUAAGCAUGAAGAGUUGCAACAAUUGAUUGUGCACCAACAAGAGGAGCUGAGAAGAGUAUCGGAACAAUUAUUUAUAGCAAGAUAUGGAAUUCUUUCACCAUUAUCGAAUGUUACCAUGCCAUACGCAACAUAUACAACAUCUCCUCAGGCUAAUCAGUGUAUCAGUGUUACUAGUAAUACUACAGGAAGACUGACGUCAUCUUGUAUUCAAGGAGUAAAUGUGCUUCCUGUACCAAUUACUCUUUCUGUACCAUUGGUUCCCCCUGAACGUUUGUCACACCCUCUUCCAGUUACAACGACUUCAUCAACUUCCAGCACCAAUACUUCAAAUAUGAAACCAAUGAUUCUAAAUUUGCAACAAGAACAGAGUCAAUUGAGUCAACAGGAACAACCAAGUCAGCAGGAGAUUGAGCAGGCAUCGCUUAUGUCUUUUCAUGUUUACCAACCAACAGAGACUGUUUAUACAACUAUGCAGCCUCCAGGCAAUGUACAUUAAAUAUUCAAAAACAAAAGAAAUCAAGUACCUCUGAUCGAUUAGCACUGAUGAAAUUAUGGACUGUGCAAUUGGCUCGCAAUGUGGUGGAAGUGUGAUUGAUUUUUUUCAUUGAUCUAAUACUAUUCUAAGGAAAUUAUCAGAACUAUAUCAUUUUUGUGAAAUUAAGAUCUAGGAACAGUGGUUUAUUUAUGUUUUGUGAUAAAGAGAACUAAAAUAACUGUUUGAGUGUGUAACAAUUCUGUGGCUGAAUUCGCGCAAAUACAUUUGCGGCACAUCUGUAUUCUUAAAUGAUUGUUAAUUGUGAAUCUUGUCACCUGCAAACGAUAACGUACCUGGUGUAAUGUUAGCACUUAAAGUAACAGUGAAGAGUUUGAAAUGCAUGUCGUGACUGUGAACGUUAUUUCCUGAUUAAAGUUUAUAUCGUUUUUCCAAAAGUGAGUAUGAAUAUGUACAUGAAUGGAAUAUUACCCCUAUCAUAAUGAAAUUGUUGUUCUCCGUCAGAUCAAAAACAACAGUAAAUGUUUUAAUAUAUUUUUUAGAAAUAUCAGAGCCAAUUAUUUAUCACGUUCAAAAUAUAGCACAUGUACUACUGACAAGAUAUACGUAAUAUGUUUAUAUCCACGUAUAUCUUGAAGUUAGCAUUCCAAAAAAAAGUUAAACUGUUACUUGGUACGACUAAGCAAUUCGUAGCAUGUUUUACGAUUAUUUAAAUAAUCCAGAAAUAUUUCUUUAUAACUUUAGUUCCUAAGUAGAUAACAUUUCAUGAGGAUAUUUUGACCAAAAAGUCCAUUGUACGAAUCAAUUACUUUGACGUUCCAAAAAAUGUAUAAAAUAUUUUAUAUGUUGUAAGGAUCAGAAACGCGGCCGUAAAAACUAUGAUUGUUAAACCUGUUUUUUAUAACUAUCAAAUUUUUGUUCCAAGUAAAUUCUAAAAUAAUUAUUUAUAUUUUGUUGUGUACAGUUCCAAAAAUAGAAAUUGAUAUGUCAGUUCUCACCGACUGUGAAAUAUUGAUAGAAUUAAUCAUACUGGUUACUGGAAGAGAGAAAAAUGGAGCGUGUAUAUUUUAUACGCGACUAGGUAAAAACUAUUUGAAUACCUAUUUCAUAAAAACCAUGUAAUUUAAUACCGGGAACAACCACUUCAGUGCCACCUUAAGAUAAAAAACGCGAAUUGUCUUCUUGUAUGUUUUGUGUUAAUUAUAUACACCUGAGUUACUUCAUGCUAAUCAAGAAAAUUGUUAAUCUAUUUAUGUAAUUAUCCACAUGAUAAUCCAAAAUUGUAUAUUUUGUUAUUAGGGCAAUGUUGUAUAAUUUAUAUGUACAAUAUAUACAUAAUAGAAAUGAAUCUAUCAUUUACAACAAAUGGGCAUCUCUUACCACAUUAAACCUCUUAUCAGAAGCCAUAAAGAGUGGGGAGGAUCCUCUGUUUGGAGAAUAGACAUGUACCGAUAUUAAACAUACAAAAGACAUUUGACUUGAGAUAAAUAUUUAUAAUAAAUGAUUUUUAUUUUGAAAUUAAUCAUAAUGAGGUUCAAAAGAUACUAUAUUAUUUGAUAUUCAUGUUUUGAGGAUUGAAAUGGUUAGAGAUAGGUUGACAAAUCAAUAAUUGAAAGAUGUUAAGAAUGAUCUUUGUAAGAAGAUGUUAUUAUUUUAAUAUGAAACACGAUACUUACUUACAAUUACUAAUCCGAUACACCGUUGAUGUAUCACCGUUGACUACCAGUGUAUAACAAUAAAUCUGUUUUCUUUCUUAAA